AUGAAGUCGGAAAACAAAACAACCUCAAGUAAUUAGUUAAUUCACUGAAAUGCAACCUCUCUCAGAGAAUCUGGGAAUUUGGCUCUUAUUUUUGCUCUAUUAUUAGCCGUCCCUAAUAAGUUUGUCCUGAAUUUGUCCUGACCACAUAAACUGACCAGGAAAGUCUCUUGGACCUAAAAUAGUUAUACAAUGACUAAUACCAAGUGUUUUUUCUUGGUCUCCAAAGGGAGACGUGGUUUGGAUUCCACUUCUGACACCAAUAUUAUGCUAGCUAGCUUUGGUGAGCAAUGAACAUUCAUUCAUUCAGCCAUCUUUAUUAAAAACUGUAACUUUUUGUGCCCCCAGGUGGCAGCCAUAAUCAUAUAUCAUAUCAGUACAGUAAGGUUGCUUGUUUAUAGGAAAAACAUGGGGCCAAAAUUCUUAGCAUUAGUGCUGAUGUAGCCUAAUACUCGUUCUCUCCGCAGGGCUAAAGAAGGGGCGCUUCUGGAUCACGCCCGACCCGUACCACAACGACGACAACAUCCAAAUUGGCCGCGAGGUCAAGAUCUCCUGCCAGGUGGAGGCAACGCCCCCUGAGGAGCUCCUGUUCAGUUGGCUGAAGAAUGGCCGUCCACUGCGCAGCUCGGAGCGCAUGGUCAUCACCCACACCGACCCCGACGUCCAGCCCGGCACUACCAACCUGGACAUUAUUGACCUCAAGUUCACCGACUUCGGCACGUACACCUGCGUGGCGGUGCUGAAGAACGGAGGUAUCCCCGAAGUCAGCAUCGACGUCAAUAUCUCUUCGACUACAGGUGAGCAAUGGACUGUACUGUACUGUUGUCCUUCUAGUCGUUUAAUAGCUUUGUGGCACAGUAGACUAAGGUCAUCUGGUCAGCCCCUGUUUUAGUGCACAGAACUAGGCCAGCUUUGUCACGUCUAAAGUAGCAUAUUGUAGAACUCAUCAUUACAGGACGUCAUAGGUUACAGCAGGGCUCUCCAACCUUGUUCCUGGAGAGCUACCCUUCUGUAGGUUUUCCCUCCAACCCCAGUUGUAUUUAACCUGAUUCAGCUUAUCUACCCGCUAAUUAUUAGACUCAGGUGCGCUAGAUUAAGGUUGGAGCAAAAACCUACAGGACAGUAGCACUCCAGGAACAGGUUUGGAGAGCCCUGUGUUACAGGGAUAUGGAAAGUCAACAAGAUCUUUUAGUGUUUAUGUAGGAUGAGAUGCUGGGACAGCCCCUCCACACACACCCCUACCCCUCUUAGUAGGCAAUACACAAAGUGCAUACUACAGUAUGUGGACUUUGAUAGGAAGGACACGCCAAGACUGAACGAUGGGCAGAUGUGGCAAAAACACAGACCGCCAUUCAUAUACAGUCCAUAAUCCUUAUGUGUUGGGUUUUAAAGCAUGAUGAGUUUCCAGUAAAGUCCGGAUUCUAAUGUGAGUGUUUUCGGGCCAGAUUGUUGGGAUCUGUCCAUUCAAUCAGGCCUAAAUCAGUCGCUAAUAUGCACAUUCCUACUUAAUGAUUAUUUACAGCCUGCUAGUUUAGGGUCACCUGUGUUAUUUUCUCCUAAUUAGCUACUCCCUCUGUAUUUUGCCUUUAGUUUGUUGGCAUACAAACUGAUGAAAAAGAUCUUUAGGUGUUUUUUCUUUAGUAAUGAGUUAGUAAUGCCGGAGUGGAACAUCAAAUGUUUGAUGAUAAGCCCGGACGUUGACAUUAUUAUUCCUGUUGUGGGCGGGAGGAUUGGUGAAUUGGCAAUGAAACAGAAGGAGAACUUAAAAACAUCAAGGAGCUGACCAUUGGGAUCAUUGAAGUCCAUUAAAACUACUGUUGUGAGUAGUUACAACGCAUAAACCCAGAAAUAGAUGAGUCUAUGUGCGGCGGGGAGCCUUUGUAGGACAUGCUAAUGUGCAUCAACCUGGAAAUACACACACACACACACACACACACACACACACACACACACACACACACACACACACACACACACACACACAUACUUCCCUCCCUGGCACAGGUCUCCUGCAACUACUUACGUAAGUCUCAGCUGGUGUGUCUUUCCUUCCCUCUCAUCUAGCUGUCUUGAUCUGUUCGUCAGAUUCACAUUUUUAGGGCCUGCGUUUACCAUUGUUGUCACCUCCAGUAUAUUAACCAAUGGAGCAGAGAAGCAGCCUCCAACAUGCAUUACUCAAAUCCAUUUGGGCUAAGCAAAGUAAAGCCCAUCCAGAAUGAUUGGCCUGGGUUGGGAUGAUGGUAUAUGCCUUUGGCAGAGAACCCCCGUAGGGGAGCGGAGCUGAAAGCUCAGGGGGAGAUAGCUACCCCUCAAACGCGCCAAAUAAAUGACCUGGCAAGCCCAGGAGACCUGUCUGUUCAUUCGUUGCCUCUCUGCUCUGUGUUCCCUUCCCUUACUGUAUUACAUAUUUGGUGCUAUUUUUGUAUUCAUAGCUUUUUAUGUCAGUGUAGCAGCAGCGGAUUGGGAUUGCAGUAGCAGAGGAUGAAGGAUGAAAUGAAACAAGGAUGCCACAGUCAUAGCACUGUUGGAGAGGGGGGGGGGAGGAUGAGGGGGUGGUUCAGAGGGUUGGAUGAUCAGAAUGCACAGGGCAAAAAUCAAAGUGCUUCCUGCCUCCCACUGGGUGAUUGUGAUCAAGAGAGUGGAGGGGGAAAACACUGAGUAAUACUUAUACUGUCUACCAACCCCUAAUCCUGGCUGGAGAACUACAGGGUGUGCAGGCUUUUGUUCUUGCCCACCUGAUUCAGCUAAUCAAGGUCUAGGUUAUUUGUUGAUUAGUUGAAUCAAGUGUUAGUGCUGGGUUGGGAUAAAACCUAGCUCUACCACAAAGUAAAAUCAUGUUAAAUAACAUCACGUAAAGUAACACAACGUAAAGUAACAUAACGUAAAGUAACAUCACGUAAAGUAACAAAGUAACAUCACGUAAAGUAACAUCACGUAAAGUAACAUCACGUAAAGUAACAUCACGUAAAGUAACAUCACGUAAAGUAACAUCACGUAAAGUAACAUCACGUAAAGUAACAUCGCGUAAACUAACAUUGUGUAAAGUAACAUUGCGUAAAGUAACAUAACGUAAGAAACAUAACCUAAAGUAGCAUCACAUAAAGUAACAUCACAUAAGGGAACAUCAUGUAAAGUAAUGUAACGCAACGAAACAUCACGUAAAGUAACACCACGCAAAGUUAAGUAACGUAAAGUGACGUUAAGUUUCUUUCCUCCUUCUCUCCCAGUCCCUCCGGAGCUGACAGUGCCUCGGGGCAAGUCCCCCAUGGUGGUCCAGGAGGGUGACACAGUGGACCUGCAGUGCCUGGUAUCGGGGAAGCCAAAACCCAUCAUCCUAUGGUCGAGGGCUGACAAGGAGGCGCCUAUGCCCGAUGGCAGCCUUCAGACGGAGAGCUAUGAUGGUGUGCUACGAAUUGUCAAUGUAUCGCGCGAGAUGACUGGAACCUACCGCUGCGCCACCAGCCAGUACAACGGCUUCAACGUGAAGCCCCGGGAAGCGCUGGUGGAGCUCACUGUGCAAUGUGAGUAUUCUGGAUAUACAGUGUUUUUACAGUACACUUCUGAUAAAUGCAAUGGGUUUGAACCACGGUGGGUUACAUUGGUGCUGUGAGCUGGAUAGGUCUCUAUAAGGAGGAGGUCAGGAGAGGUAGAUGAUCCGUGCAAAAUAAAAAAAUAAAUAUUUGAAUUGUGACUUGAAAUCGUUUUAAGGGGUUUAAGUUAGAUGUGUGGGCAUUUCUUAAGUUGCUAUCGGUAUUAGAUUUUGUUCGAUACAUCAUACGUCAUCAAUUCAAUACAUCAUUAGUUUCAAUUAGAAACAGCACAUAACAUUGGUGCGUUACACAUUGCACAAAUCAUCUCGCCUCGGCUAAUCAUUAAAACGUCUGGAUUAAAUUUCCCCAGGUGGAGAGGUUAAUGUAACGUAAUCAAUUCCCUAUUGGACGUUCUACGUUCAAAGAAACAUUUCAACACAACUUUAACUCAGUCACGCCGAAAAAGUGACCGAAAAGGCUUGUAUCUCAGUGUUAAUGACCAUUAGCGGCCUACACUUAACGUUUAUUGACCUUGUACAUACAUGCGUACAAGGAAAUGAUCUGGUGACAUGAUGGAGGAAGACACUAUUAGAGGAGCCUUGGUGGAUGCAUACCAAAUGGCACCCAAUUCCCAAUGUAGUGCACUACUCUGGUCAAAAGUAGUGCACUACAUAGGGAAUAUGGUGCCAUGUGGGAUGCAGGCUGUGAGAAACAUCCAGUCUAAUUAAUAGCGUCUGUGUUACUCUUAAUAUCGAAGAGGAGGGAAGAUGCCUUGGGAUGGCUUAUAGAAAUGCAGAGCUAGUUAUCGCUCGGAUCACCGCUUCUUACUUACUAGUGUCAGGCCUGUGAAAUAUCUGUGAUCUCUGACCUUAUAUCCCACCCACCACCACGCACACAUACAGACCGUGAGGUGGGUGAGGAGUGAUGAGCCAUAGGAAGUGUGUGCGUGUGCGUGUGUGCGUUCAUGGAUUCAUGAAGGCGCAUGUGUGUGUUUUGAGCGUGCCCGUGUGCAUUCAUGGAUUCAUGCGGCAGUGUGUGUAUGGCUGUGCGUGUGUGUAUCACUAGGCCACAUACACUAUUCCACAGUAGCUCUCACUGAGUCACUGGAGUGAGAGCCCCUUAGGCAGCCUGGCCUCAGAGUUGUCCUUAGUGUGGCCCCAGCAGAACCGUUUGUGGAGUGUGCAGAAACAGACGAGAAGGAGGCUAGGGGAAAGGGGGGGAUGAGGAAGAAGGAGGGCUGGGCCCAGAGAGCCUGGCCUUGUGGGACCAAGCCAGGUACAAUCAGAACUACAGCAAUAGGGCUCUGGUCAAAAGUAGUGCACUAUAUAGGGAGUAGGGUGCCAUUUGGGACACAACCUAGCUCCAGCAUUGGGAUGCAGAUGCCACUCCUCCUCCCCCUCUCCCUACCCAAUCUCUCUCUCUUCCCCUCCUGCUCUCUCUGGAUGAGUGCACUGAACAGUGUAUUGACACAGAUAAGGAGGUGUAGGACAUGACAGUUAUCUGUUACUGUACGCAGUGCUAUGCACACCAAGGAAUUGCAGGAGCGCCGCUAUCCGACAGGAGUGGCAAACAACGGUAACAACCGGGGCCGUGGGAUUGAAGGUGGGAUUUUCAUUGGCUCAUGGUGUUGGUGUAAAUAUGACAGGGUAAAUGCUGGGUAUAAUCUUGUAUAUGCUUGAUAAAAAUUAAAACGGGCAAUCUGCAAUUGCUACAUGCAUUUUUAGACUUUUCAAUCAGUUAUAUACAGUGGUGUGAAAAAGUGUUUGCCCCCUUCCUGAUUUGUUAUUUGUUUGCAUGUUUGUCACACUUAAAUGUUUCAGAACAUCAAACAAAUUUAAAUAUUAGUCAAAGAUAACACAAGUAAACACAAAAUGCAGUUUUGAAAUGAAGGUUGUUAUUAUUUAGGGAAAACAAAAUCCAAACCUACAUGGCCCUGUGAGAAAAAGUGUUUGCCCCCCUGUUAUAACACAACUCAACUGUGGUUUAUCACACCUGAGUUCAAUUCCUCUAGCCACACCCAGGCCUGAUUACUGCCACACCUGUUCUCAAUCAAGGAAUCACUUAAAUAGCCUGACAUAGUGAAGUAGACCAAAAGAUCCUCAAAAGCUACACAUCAUGCCGAGAUCCAAAGAAAUUCAUGAACAAAUGAGAAAGAAAGUUAUUGAGAUCCAUCAGUCUGGAAAAGGUUCUAAAGACAUUUCCAAAGCUUUGGGACUCCAGCGAACCACAGUGAGAGCCAUUAUCCACAGUGAGAACCAAAAUUACCCCAAGAGCGCAGCGACGACUCAUCCAAGAGGUCACAAAAGACCCCACAACAACAUCCAAAGAGCUGCAGGCCUCACUUGCCUCAGUUAAGGUCAGUGUUCAUGACUCCACCAUAAGAAAGAGACAGGGCAAAAAUGGCCUGCAUGGCAGAGUUCCAAGACGAAAACCACUGCUGAGCAAAAAGAACAUGAAGGCUUGUCUCAUUUUUGCCAGAAAACAUCUUGAUGAUCCCCAAGACCUUUGGGAAAAUACUCUGUGGACUGAUGAGACAAAAGUUCAACAUUUUGGAAGGUGUGUGUCCCAUUACAUCUGGGGUAAAAGUAACACCGCAUUUCAGAAAAAUAACAUCACACCAACAGUAAAAUAUGGUGGUGGUAGUGUGAUGGUCUGGGCCUGUUUUGCUGCUUCAGGACCUGGAAGACUUGCUGUGAUAAAUGGAACCAUGAAUUCUGCUGUCUACCAAAAAAUCCUGAAGGAGAAUGUCUGGCCAUUUAUUCGUGACCUCAAGCUGAAGCGAACUUGGGUUCUGCAGCAGGACAAUGAUCCAAAACACACCAGCAAGUCCAUCUCUGAAUGGCUGAAGAAAAAAAACAUUAAAACUGACCUGAAUCCUAUUGAGAUGCUGUGGCAUGACCUUAAAAAGGCAGUUAAUACUCGAAAACCCUCCAAUGUGGCUGAAUUACAACAAUUCUGCAAGAUGAGUGGGCCAAAAUUCCUCCACAGCACUGUAAAAGACUCAUGCAAGUUAUCGCAAACGCAUGAUUGCAGUUGUUGCUGCUAAGGGUGGCCCAACCAGUUAUUAGGUUGUAGGGGGCAAUCACUUUUUCACACAGGGCCAUGUGGGUUUGGAUUUUGUUUUCCCUUAAUAAUAACAACCUUCAUUUCAAAACUGCAUUUUGUGUUUACUUGUGUUAUCUUUGACUAAUAUUUAAAUUUGUUUGAUGAUCUGAAACAUUUACAGUGAGGGAAAAAAGUAUUUGAUCCCCUGCUGAUUUUGUACGUUUGCCCACUGACAAAGAAAUGAUCAGUCUAUGAUUUUAAUAGUAGGUUUAUUUGAACAGUGAGAGACAGAAUAACAACAAAAAAAUCCAGAAAAACACAUGUAAAAAAUGUUAUAAAUUGAUUUGCACUUUAAUGAGGGAAAUAAGUAUUUGACCCUCUCUCAAUCAGAAAGAUUUCUGGCUCCCAGGUGUCUUUUAUACAGGUAACGAGCUGAGAUUAGGAGCACACUCUUAAAGGGAGUGCUCCUAAUCUCAGCUUGUUACUUGUAUAAAAGACACCUGUCCACAGAAGCAAUCAAUCAAUCAGAUUUCAAACUCUCCACCAUGGCCAAGACCAAAGAGCUCUCCAAGGAUGUCAGGGACAAGAUUAUAAACCUACACAAGGCUGGAAUGGGCUACAAGACCAUCGGCAAGCAGCUUGGUGAGUAGGUGACAACAGUUGGUGCGAUUAUUCGCAAAUGGAAGAAACACAAAAGACCUGUCAAUCUCCCUCGGCCUGGGGCUCCAUGCAAGAUCUCACCUCGUGGAGUUGCAAUGAUCAUGAGAACGGUGAGGAAUCAACCCAGAACUACAUGGGAGGAUCUUGUCAAUGAUCUCAAGGCAGCUGGGACCAUAGUCACCAAGAAAACAAUUGGUAACACACUACGCCGUGAAGGACUGAAAUCUUGCAGUGCCCGCAAGGUCCCCCUGCUCAAGAAAGCACAUAUACAGGGCCGUCUGAAGUUUGCCAAUGAACAUCUGAUUGAUUCAGAGGAGAACUGGGUGAAAGUGUUGUGGUCAGAUGAGACCAAAAUGGAGCUCUUUGGCAUCAACUCAACUCGCCGUGUUUGGAGGAGGAGGAAUGCUGCCUAUGACCCCAAGAACACCAUCCCCACCGUCAAACAUGGAGGUGGAAACAUUAUGUUUUGGGGGUGUUUUUCUGCUAAGAGGACAGGACAACUUCACCGCAUCAAAGGGACGAUGGACGGGGCCAUGUACCAUCAAAUCUUGGGUGAGAACCUCCUUCCCUCAGCCAGGGCAUUGAAAAUGGGUCGGUAUUCCAGCAUGACAAUGACCCAAAACACACAGCCAAGGCAACAAAGGAGUGGCUCAAGAAGAAGCACAUUAUGGUCCUGGAGUGGCCUAGCCAGUCUCCAGACCUUAAUCCCAUUGAAAAUGUGUGAAGGGAGCUGAAGGUUCGAGUUGCCAAACGUCAGCCUCGAAACCUUAAUGACUUGGAGAAGAUCUGCAAAGAGGAGUGGAACAAAAUCCCUCCUGAGAUGUGUGCAAACCUGGUGGCCAACAACAUGAAACGUCUGACCUCUGUGAUUGCCAACAAGGGUUUUGCCACCAAGUACUAAGUCAUGUUUUGCAGAGGGGUCAAAUACUUAUUUCCCUCAUUAAAAUGCAAAUAAAUUGAUAACAUUUCUGACAUUUCUUUUCUGGAUUUUGUUGUUGUUAUUCUGUCUCUCACUGUUCAAAUAAACCUACCAUUAAAAUUAUAGACUGAUCAUGUCUUUGUCAGUGGGCAAACGUACAAAAUCAGCAGGGGAUCAAAUACUUUUUUCCCUCACUGUAAUUUAUGCCUCAUGCGCUUACUUUAACUGUUUUACCCCUUUGUUUGUAAACAAUGUAAUUGCUCAAAAAUACUGAAAAGCUUCAAAACAAAACUAUCAUUUUUAUUUCAUGGAUGGGCAGUACUUGUAGUCAUAGCUUUUCGUUACAUUUUCACAUAUUCGUUACAUUUCUCCAGCCCCAUCUCACAGCUCUUUACCAAAACAGCGGCUGGGUGUGUUCAAAGGUAUUUCUAGUUGACACUUUACACAAUUGUUCUCUUUUUUUGUAGCCCUAACCCUUAUCCUUAACCCUUACCCUCACCCUAAGUACAGUGUAACCAUGAGUAAUUACAAUACUUGUUACACUGUACAGGAAUAAUUACACAGUAACAAGCUCACAGUCAUGUAAAGUGUGACCUAUUUUGGCUAGCUAGUUAUCUCUACAGUCUCUAUACAGGUGGUGUAGUGCUAUUCAAUUUGUUUGUUCUACAAAUCACGACACAGACAAUAUUCUAUCAACCAGAUCCACAAUGGCAAUACCACUGAAUUUAAUGUAACGCUUAUAUAACCUUACAUCUCUAUGGGCAAUACUCCAGUCUACCAGAUCCACAAUGGCUCUACUCAUAGUUUGAGUUUUACACACAAGGAUGUCUGUAAACAGCUUUACAGCUGCUCCUGCUGUUCUGUGUCUGUGUGUCUGUGUGUGUGUGUGUGUGUGUGCGUGCGAGCGUGCGAGCGUGCAAGUGAGUGACUCACUGAUGUUGUUUGUGGUUGCUAGCCAUUUGAACGGCUCUCCACUCAUUAUGUAACUCCCAUGCAGCCAUGUCCUUGAGCACAAGGACUUAGGUUAAUUCACUAUGAAUACAGCACGCCGCAUUGUUAGCCUCUAUUAAUGAAAGUACAUUGAAUGUGAUGUUCCACAGUAGUUGGCCUGCUAGUCGUGGGGUCUGUACAUUCUGUACAGCAGGAGGAUUUACAUUACUUGCAUGUUUAUUUCUGCUCCUCAAUAAAACUUAUUUGAAACACAAAACCUUGGCAGAGAGGGAAUCCUGUUCUUCCUGUGUCAUGGACAUGAUAAAUGAGGACGUUCAUAUUGUAGGCUUGAGGAGCAUUUUGUAGGAAAAUGACUAUUUCUUAUCAAGCGUCUUUUAAAUCAAACAAUCAAUUUUGUAUGGUUUACCAAUGAUUAGAAGAGUUUUCUUGGACUCACUCUGUGUGCAAUAAGUGUUUUUGAAUGACUACCUCAUCUCUGUACCCCAUACAUACAAUUAUCUGUAAGGUCCCUCAGUCGAGCAGUGAAUUUCAAAGACAGAAUCAAUCACAAAAGCCAGGGAGGUUUUCCAAUGUCUCGCAAAGAAGGGCACCUAUUGGUAGAUGGGUAAAAAAAAGCAGACAUUUAAUAUCCCUUUGAGCAUGGUGAAGUUAUUAAUUACACUUUGGAUGGUGUAUCAAUACACCCAGUCACUACAAAGAUACAGGCGUCCUUCCUAACUCAGUUGCCGGAGAGGAAGGAAACCGCUCAGGGAUUACACCUUUAGGCCAAUGGUGACUUUAAAACAGUUACAGAGUUUAAUGGCUGUGAUAGGAGAAAACAGAGGAUGGAUCACCAACAUUGUAGUUACUCCACAAUACUAACCUAAUUGACAGAACAGAGUUAAAAGAAGGAAGCCUGUACAGAAUAAAAAUAUUCCAAAACAUGCAUCCUGUUUGCAACAAGGCACUAAAGUAAUACUGCUAAAAAUUAGGAAAAGCAAAUAACUUGUUGUCCUGAAUGCCAAGUGUUAUGUUUGGGGCAAAUACAAUACAACACAUUACUGAGUACCACUCUUCAUAUUUUGAAGCAUAAUUGUGGCUGCCUCAUGUUAUGGGUACGCUUGUAAUCGUUAAGGACUGGGGAUUUUUUCAGGAUAAAAAAGAAACAGAAUGGAGCCAAGCACAAACAAAAUCCAAGAGGAAAACCUGGUUCAGUCUGGUUUGCACCAGACACUGGGAGAUUAAUUCACCUUUCAGCAGGACAAUAACCUAAAACACAAAUCUACACUGGAGUUGCUUACAAAGAAGACAGUGAAUGCUUCUGAGUGGCUGAGUUACAGUUUUGACUUAAAUCUACUUGAAAAUCUAUAGCAAGACCUGAAAAUGGUUGUCUAGCAAUGAUCAACAACCAAUUUGACAGAGCUUGAAGAAUUUUGAAAAGAAUAAUGGGCAUAUUGUCACGAUCGUCUUGAAAAGAAGUAGACCAAUGCGCAGCGUGUUGAGCGAACAUGAUUGACUUUAUUACCGUCAGUGAUAAUAAGCACACUAAACAAAACAAUAAACGACUCGUGAAGUCCACGGUGACAAAGACCGACAAGGAACAAAAACCCACAAACCCAAAGUGAAACACAGACAGUUAAAUAUGGCUCCCAAUCAGAGACAACCAGCAAACAGCUGACACUCGUUGCCUCUGAUUGGGAGUCACUCAGUCAAACAUAGAAAAUGACGAACUAGAACACCCAACAUAGAAACAGAACACAUAGAAUGAACACACCCUGGCUCAACAUAAUGAGUCCCAGAGCCAGGGUGUGACAGUACCCCCCCCUAAAGGCGCGGACUGCGACCGCGCCUCAACUAAACAAAACAGGGGAGGGCUGGGCGGGCAUACCUCCUCGGCGGCGGUUCUGGCUCCGGCCUUGACCACCACCCUCCAAUACACCCCCCAUAGUGCCCCUUGUCCAGUCUGUCGACUCGCACCCCUGGCUUGGUGCGUGGAGGAGGAACGGGCCUUACCAGGCUGACUUCUCGCACCCCUGGCUUAGUGCGAGUGGCAGGAACAGGCCAGACCGGGCUGGCGACGCGCACCGUAGGUUUGGUGCGAGUGGCAGGAACAGGCCGGGUCGGGCUGGCGACGCGCACCGUAGACUUCGUGCGGGUGGCAGGAACAGGCCGGACCGGGCUGGCGACGCGCACCGUAGGUUUAGUGCGUGGAGCAGGGACAGGCCGGGCUGGGCUGUCGACGCACACCGUAGGCUUGGUGCGUGGAGCAGGGACAGGCCGGGCUGGGCUGUCGACGCACACCGUAGGCUUCGUGCGUGGAGCAGGGACAGGCCGGACCGGGCUGGCGACGCACACCGUAGGCUUGGUGCGUGGAGCAGGGACAGGCCGGGCUGGGCUGCCGACGCACACCGUAGGCUUGGUGCGGGUGGCAGGAACAGGCCGGGUCGGGCUGGCGACGCGCACCGUAGGUUUAGUGCAUGGAGCAGGGACAGGCCGGACUGGGCUGGCGACGCACACCGUAGGCUUGGUGCGUGGAGCAGGGACAGGCCGGACUGGGCUGGCGACGCACACCGUAGGCUUGGUGCGUGGAGCAGGGACAGGCCGAACCGGGCUGUGGAGACGGAUAGGAGGCCUGGAGUGAAUAGCGGCCACCACCCGUCCUGGCUGAAUGCCUACCCUCACACACUCUGUGUGAGGCAUCCGCACAGGACGUACAGGGCGGUAUACCCCUGGCCUGGUGGCCUUCUGGAUCCGCCCCCUUUUCUCCUCCGUCAGCCCCGUCGUCCAUGACGUGUGCCCCCCCCUAAAAAAUUUCUGGGGUUGCCUCACGACCGUCCGACGACGACCCUGAUCACGCCGUAGCUCCUCUCUACGGCGCGCCUCCACCGUCUCACUCCAUGGCCGGCGAUCCAUCCCGGCCAGGAUUUCCUCCCAGGUCCAGGACCCCUGCCCGUCCAAGAUCUGCUCCCACGUCCAGGCUGCCUGCUCCUGGACACGCUGCUUGGUCUUGGUAUGGUGGGUUUUUCUGUCACGAUCGUCUUGAAAAGAAGUAGACCAAUGCGCAGCGUGUUGAGCGAACAUGAUUGACUUUAUUACCGUCAGUGAUAAUAAGCACACUAAACAAAACAAUAAAUGACUCGUGAAGUCCACGGUGACAAAGACCGACAAGGAACAAAAACCCACAAACCCAAAGUGAAACACAGACAGUUAAAUAUGGCUCCCAAUCAGAGACAACCAGCAAACAGCUGACACUCGUUGCCUCUGAUUGGGAGUCACUCAGUCAAACAUAGAAAAUGACGAACUAGAACACCCAACAUAGAAACAGAACACAUAGAAUGAACACACCCUGGCUCAACAUAAUGAGUCCCAGAGCCAGGGUGUGACACAUAUGUUGCACAAUCCAGGUGUAGAAAGCUCUUAGAGACAUACCCAGAAAAACUCACAGCUGUAGUCACUGCCAAAGGUGCUUCUACAAAGUGUUAACUCAGGGGUGUGAAUACUUAUGUAAAUGUGAUAUUUCUGUAUUCAUUUUAAUACAUUUGCAAAAAUGUCUAAAAACAUGUUUUUACUUUGUCAUUAUGGGGUAUUUGGUGUAGAUGGGUGAGAGAAAAAAUAUAUAUUUACUACAUUUUGAAUUCAAGCUGUAACACAACAAAAUGUGGAAUAAGUCUAGGGGUAUGAAUACUUUCUGAAGGCACUGUAGUGUACUACUUUUGACCAGGGCUCAUAGGGCUCUGGUCAACAGUAGAUGGGUCCUGGUCAAAAGUAGUGCACUAUAGGGAAUAGGGUGCCAUUUGGAACACAAUCAUGGUUUGCCAAUCUGGGAUUGUUGCUUUUUAUGUCGCUCUCAUGUUUGAUAUUAUUAAUGAUGUAUUCAAAUGCGCAACUUUGGUUUUAGAAGUGGUGGGGACAUACAGUACCAGUCAAAAGUUUGGACACACCUACUCAUUCAAGGGUUUUUCUUUCUUUUUACUAUUUUCUACAUUGUAGAAUAAUAGUGAAGACAUCAAAACUAUGAAAUAACACAUAUGGAAUCAUGUAGUAACCAGAAAAGUGUUAAACAAGUCAAAAUAUAUUUUAUAUUUGAGAUUCUUCAAAUAGCCACCCUUUGCCUUGAUGACAGCUUUGCACACUCUUGGCAUUCUCUCAUCCAGUCUUGAAGGAGUUCCCACAUAUGCUGAGCACUUGUUGGCUGCUAUAAAAUAUAAACCCUUGAAUGAGUAGGUGUUCUAAAACUUUUGAUCGGUGGUGUAUAUUAUUAUAUAUUUUUUUCCCAGUCGGAUAAACACUCCAAACAGCCUAUCCGAUCGCUCAGAGGUGUCCACAUAGUCCUAAAGCACACUGUUGCCUCGUUUUGUAUCACAUUCAAAUCAAAUCAAGUUUUAUUGGCCACAUGCGCCGAAUACAACAGGUGCAGACAUUACAGUGAAAUGCUUACUUACAGCCCUUAACCAACAGUGCAUUAUUUGUAAUAAAAACGUAGAAUAAAACCACAAAAAAAGUGUUGAGAAAAAAAGAGCAGAAGUAAAAUAAAAUAACAGUAGGGAGGCUAUAUAUACAGGGGGGUACCGGUGCAGAGUCAAUGUGCGGGGGCACCGGCUAGUUGAGGUAGUUGAAGUAAUAUGUAGAUGUGGGUAGAGUGAUAUAACUUGGGGGGACAAAAAUGCAAUUUCAGGAUGUGAGAGGGACUUGUCCCCCCCGUCCCCAGUGAAAGUUGUGCCCCUGUUCAAAUGAGUCCUGGCAAAAUACCAGCUCUAAGAGAGCAUGUCAUCAUAAAUCCACAGCUGCUCAACGACUGAAUUAUUAAAUUAAUGACUAUUAUUAAAUUAACUAUUUCAUAUCUGUGCAGCGCACCAAUUAUAUUUAGCGUAAGUUAUGAAGUAUUAAAUUGUAAAACAUAAUGUGGUGUUACAGUAGUGAUAUAGUGCAUACUGUGCGUGACAGAUAUCUGUAAACCAACUGUUUGUGUUCCCCUUAGCCUCUGGUCUGGAGGCAAGGAUCACAUUAUUUAUGUCACAUGUCCAGUCUGUCAGUCUGACGGUACUAUUAGUACGUCAUGUACUCUCUUCUCCUUAGUAUGUGUAGUCCUUUAGGGUAAAGUCUUCAGUAGUGUGUUGUGUUCCCUCCUCCAUAGCAGAGGCCCAGUGGACUGUGUGUGUGGCUAAUUGAAGGAGAUGCCUGUUCGUGAUGACUCAUACAUACAAACUUCACUGUAUAUAGUUGAAGUCGGAAGUUUUCAUACACUUAGGUUGGAGUCAUUAAAACUCAUUUUUCAACCACUCCACAAAUGUCUUGUUAACAAACUAUAGUUUUGGCAAGUCGGUUAGGACAUCUGCUUUGUGCAUGACACAAGUAAUUUUUCCAACAAUUGUUUACAGACAGAUUAUUUCACUUAUAAUUCAAUGUAUCACAAUUCCAGUGGGUCAGAAGUUUACAUACACUACGUUGACUGUGCCUUUAAACAGCUUGGAAAAUUCCAGAAAAUGAUGUCAUGGCUUUAGAAGCUUCGGAUAGGCUAAUUGACAUCAUUUGAGUCAAUUGGAGGUGUACCUGUGGAUGUAUUUCAAGGCCUAACUUCAAACUCAGUGCCUCUUUGCUUGACAUCGUAGGAAUAUCAAAAGAAAUCAGCAAAUACUUCAGAAAAAAAAUUGUAGACCUCCACAAGUCUGGUUCAUCCUUGGGAGCAAUUUCCAAACGCCUGAAGGUACCACGCUCCUCUGUAAAAACAAUACUACGGUUUGCAACUGCACAUGGGGACAAAGAUCGUACUUUUUGGAGAAAUGUCCUCUGGUCUGAUGAAACAGAAAUAGAACUGUUUGGCCAUAAUGACCAUCAUUAUGUUUGGAGGAAAAAGGGGGCCGCUUGCAAGCCGAAGAACACCAUCCUAACCGUGAAACACGGGGGUGGCAGCAUCAUGCUGUGGGGGUGCUUUGCUGCAGGAGUGACUGGUGCACUUCACAAAAGUCAGUCAGGAAGUUAAAGCUUGGUCGCAAAUGGGUCUUCCAAAUGGACAAUGACUGUCAGAUGGGGUGAUGUGUAUGCGGCGGUGAAGUCAGGCACAGGACACAGAGGAUCAAGAUGACUACUUUACUUCAAGUAAACACGCACAAAACAAAAGUCUCCACAACACUGGAGGAGUAAACACGCGCUGUGCGUAAAAGGCGAACUAGAAUUGCCGAACAUCAAACAGGACAAAAUGACAAUAACACACAAAGGCCAAACGUAAAACAAGGGAACUUAUAUGUUACACAAUCAACACAAAAUAAGUAACAGGUGUACAAACUAGACAACACAAGACAAACACCGAAACAUCGAUCGGCAGUAGCUAGUUCUCCGGGGACGACGAACGCCGAAGCCUGCCCGAGAAAGGAGGAGGAGCAGUCUCGGAGCAGCCUGUAACAUACCUCGUUCAAUCUCCUCAGGACUUUAAAUGGCCCCACAAACCGCCGACCCAGCUUCCGGCAGGGCAGGCGAAGGGGCAGGUUUCAAGUCAAGAGCCAGACUCGAUCUCCAGGUGCAUACACUGGACCCUCACUGCGGUGGCGAUCAGCGCUCGCCUUCUGCCUACGAAUAGCCCGCUGCAGAUGGACAUGUGCAGCGUUCCAUGUCUCCUCCGAGCGCCGAAACCAUUCAUCCACCGCAGGAGCCUCGAUCUGGGUCUGAUGCCAGGGUGCCAGAACCGGCUGAUACCCCAACACACACUGAAAAGGGGUCAGAUUCGUAGAGGAGUGGCGAAGGGAGUUCUGGGCAAUCUCUGCCCAGAGGAUAUACCGACCACUCCUCCUGCCGGUCCUGACAAUAAGACCUCAGAAACCUACCCACAUCCUGGUUCACUCUCUCCACCUGCCCAUUACUCUCAGGGUGGAAACCCGAGGUAAGGCUAACCGAGACCCCCAAGCGUUCCAUAAACGCCCUCCAGGUGAACUGGGGACCCCGAUCAGACACUAUAUCCUCAGGUACCCCGUAGUGCCGGAAGACGUGAGUAAACAGGGCCUCAGCAGUUUGUAGGGCAGUAGGGACACCCGGCAUUGGGAUGAGACGACAGGCCUUAGAAAACCGAUCCACAACGACCAGAAUAGUGGUAUUCCCCUGGGAGGGGGGAAGGUCCGUGACAAAGUCUACCGAUAGGUGAGACCACCGCCGUUGUGGAACGGGUAGGGGUUGUAACUUCCCCCUGGGCAGGUGUCUAGGCGCCUUACACUGAGCGCACACCGAGCAGGAGGAGACAUAAACCCUCACGUCCUUUGCCAAUGUUGGCCACCAUUACUUUUCACUAAGGCAGUGCACUGUCCGGCCAAUACCCGGAUGUCCAGAAGAGGGUGACGUAUGAGCCCAAUAAAUUAGUAGAUCACGAAUCUCGAGCGGCACGUACUUCCGCCCCUCCGGACACUCUGGAGGAGUAGGGUCGGUACGUAACGUCCGCUCGAUCUCCGCAUCGACCUCCCACACCACCGGUGCCACCAGACAAGACUCCGGCAGUAUGGGAGUGGGCUCAAUGGACCUCUCCUCUGUGUCAUAUCGCCGGGACAGGGCGUCUGCCUUAACGUUCUGUGACCCUGGUAUAUAGGUGAGCUUAAAGACAAACCGGGCCAGAAACAUGGCCCACCUAGCCUGACGAGGGUUCAGUCUCCUAGCUGCCCGGAUGUACUCCAGGUUACGAUGGUCAGUCAGAAUGAGAAAAGGGUGUUGAGCCCCCUCAAGCCAAUACCUCCACCCCUAGCAGCUCCCUGUCCCCCACGUCGUAAUUACGUUCCGCCGGGCUGAGCUUCUUAGAGUAAAAAGCACAGGGCCGGAGUUUAGGAGGCAUGCCUGAGCGUUGAGACAGUACAGCCCCAAAACCAGCCUCUGACGCGUCCACCUCCACUUGGAACGCCAAAGAGGGGUCCGGAUGUGCCAGCACCGGAACCGAGGUGAACAGGUCCUUCAGUUGUCUAAACGCCCUGUCCGCCUCAGCCGACCACUGCAAACGCACCGGGCCCCCCUUUAGCAGGGAGGUGAUGGAAGCUGCUACCUGUCCAAAACCCCGGAUAAACCUCCGGUAGUAAUUGGCAAAACCCAAAAACCGCUGCACCUCCUUAACCGUGGUAGGAGUCUGCCAAUUAUGCACGGCUGAAACGCGGUCAAUCUCCAUCUCCACCCCUGACGCGGGAAAACGAUGGCCCAGGAAGGAGAUGGACUCCUGGAAAAACAGGCAUUUCUCCGCCUUCACAUACAAGUCAUGCUCCAACAGCCUACCCAACACUCGACGCACCAGGGCCACAUGCCCGGCUUGUGUAGCAGAGUAUACUAGAAUGUCGUCAAUAUACACCACUACACCCUGCCCAUGCAAAUCCUGGAAAAUCUCGUCCAACAAAUGAUUGGAAGACUGAAGGAGCAUUCAUUAACCCGUAUGGCAUGACGAGAUACUCAUAGUGACCCGAGGUGGUACUAAAUGCUGUUUUCCAUUCAUCUCCCUCCCUAAUGCGCACCAGGUUGUAGGCGCUCCUGAGAUCCAAUUUUGUGAAGAAGCGCGCUCCGUGUAAUGACUCCAUCAUACUCGCAAUCAGAGGGAGAGGAUAACUGUAUUUAACAGUGAUCUGAUUGAGACUACGGUAAUCAAUACACGGGCGCAAACCUCCAUCCUUCUUCUUCACAAAAAAGAAACUUGAGGACGCAGGCGAAGUGGAGGGCCGUAUGUAUCCCUGUCUCAGAGACUCGGCGAUGUAUGUCUCCAUAGCCGCCGUCUCCUCUUGAGACAGAGGAUACACAUGACUACGCGGAAGUGCAGAACCUGCCUGGAGGUCUAUCGCACAAUCCCCCUGUCUAUGAGGUGGCAAUCGCGUCGCCCUCUUCUUACUGAACACGAGUGCCAAAUCAUCAUACUCAGGAGGAAUGUGCUGUGCGGGCAUUUGGUUCUGACUUUCCACCGUGGUCGCCCCUACGGAAACACCUAUACAACGCCCGACACACUGAUCAGACCACUCCCUGAGAGCCUUCUGUUGCCACGAAAUGGUGGGGUCAUGAGAGAUUAACCAAGGAAGCCCCAGCACCACGGGAAACGCAGGAGAGUCGAUGUAUGAUUUCCUCAUGACCCCCCUGCGUCUUCAUCUUUAUUGGUGCCGUGACCUCCCUAAUUAAACCUGAUCCCAAAGGACGGCUAUCUAGGGCAUGAAUAGGAAAAGGCACAUCUACUGGUAGGAGGGGAAUCCCUAACUUAACACAGAAAUUACGAUCAAUAAAAUUCCCAGCUGCGCCUGAAUCGACUAGCGCCUUAUGCUGGGAAUGAGAUGAAACCUGGGGAAAUUCAACUUGAAUACACAAGUGGACAACAGAGAGCUCUGGGUGAGUUGGGCGCCUACUCACCUGAAAUGACUCAUCAGUGCGUGACCUGUUGCCUCGAUCCCCAGGAGACCCUCCCCAGCACCGAGCCGCAGUGUGUCCUCUACGGCCACAGUUGGUGCAGGGGACGGCCUCUCUCCGGGUCUCUCUCCUCCUCUCUCUAGCACCAGCACCCCCGAGCUCCAUAGGGCUCGGCUCGGAGGUGCUGGAGGAUGGAAUGGACGGCCCCAACUCCGGACUUCCGCGGGUAGCCAGCAGGGUAUCCAGACGGAUCGACAUGUCCACCAAUUGAUCGAAGCUUAGGUUGGUGUCCCUGCAGGCCAACUCUCGGCGAACGUCCUCUCGUAGGCUGCACCGAUAGUGGUAGAUGAGGGCACUCUCAUUCCACCCCGCAUUAGCCGCCAGAGUCCGGAAGUCCAGGGCGAACUCUUGUGCGCUCCUCUUCCCCUGUCGGAGGGGAACAGAUGCUCCCCCGCCGCUUUACCCUCUGGGGGAUGAUCGAAAACCGCCCUGAAGCGGCGGGAGAACUCUGCAUAGCUGAUGGUGGCGGCGUCUAUUCCCCUCCAUUCGGCAUUGGCCCACUCCAAUGCCUUGCCGGAUAGACAGGAGAUGAGGGCGGAAAUGCUCUCGUAUCCCGAGGGCGCCGGGUGAAUGGUUGCCAGGUAGAGUUCCACUUGAAGUAGGAAUCCCUGACACCCGGCUGCGGUGCCAUCAUAUGCCCUCGGGAGCGAGAGCCGAAUCCCACUGGACUCCGGAGAUGGUAUGAUGGGUCUGACCGAUGGUGGUGGUGUUGUAGGAGGAGGUGUGGGCAAGCCUCCUCUUUCCCAUCGGCUCAGAGUGUCCAUGACAUCUUGCAUGGCGGUGCCAAGUCUACGGAUCAUGGUGUCCUGGCUGCUGACCUGAUCCUCCAGAGACCCAGUUACCACCGCUGGUCCUGCUGACUCCAUGGUUGGUGUGUUAUUCUGUCAGAUGGGGUGAUGUGUAUGCGGCGGUGAAGUCAGGCGCAAAACACAGAGGAUCAAGAUGACUACUUUACUUCAAGUAAACACGCACAAAUCAAAAGUCUCCACAACACUGGAGGAGUAAACACGUGCUGUGCGUAAAAGGCGAACUAGAAUUGCCGAACAUCAAACAGGACAAAAUGACAAUAACACACAAAGGCCAAACGUAAAACAAGGGAACUUAUAUGUUACACAAUCAACACAAAAUAAGUAACAGGUGUACAAACUAGACAACACAAGACAAACACAGAAACAUCGAUCGGCAGUAGCUAGUACUCCGGGGACGACGAACGCCGAAGCCUGCCCGAGCAAGGAGGAGGAGCAGCCUCGGCGGAAUCCGUGACAAUGACCCAAAGCAUACUUCCAAAGUUGUGGCAAAAUGGCUUAAGGACAACAAAGUCAAGGUAUUGGAGUGGCCAUCACAAAGCCCUGACCUCAGCCUAUAGAAAAUGUGUGGGCAGAACAGAAAAAGCAUGUGUGAGCAAGGAGGCCUACAAACCUGACUCAGUUACACCAGCUCUGUCAGGAGGAAUGGGCCAAAAUUCACCCAACUUAUUGUGGGAAGCUUGUGGAAGGCUACGCUAAACGUUUGACCCUAGUUAAACAAUUUAAAGGCAAUGCUACCAAAUACUAAUUGAGUGUAUGCAAACCUCUGACCCACUGGGAAUGUGAUGAAAUAAAUAAAAGCUGAAAUAAAUAAUUCUCUCUACUAUUAUUCUGACAUUUCACAUUCUUAAAAUAAGUGGUGAUCCUAACUGACCUAAAACAGGGAUUUUUUACUAGGAUUAAAUGUCAGGAAUUGUAAAAAACAGAGUUUAAAUGUAUUUGGCUAAAGUGUAUGUAAACUUCCGACUUCAACUAUAUGUGCAUGUCAUGCUUCCUCCAUUUCACAAAUGCCUCCUACUCAUCCACCUACUCCUCCUCCUCUUCCUGCAGAGAUUGUGAUGGCAGGGAAGGGAACUAGGGCAGGGAAGAGAGAAGGGUAGCUAGGAGGAUAAUCCCUAGCACAGGACUCAUUACUUGUGGUAGGUCUGGGUACCAAUGUAUGCCACUGGAUAAUGUGUACUUAUAUCUGUGACAGCUGAGCAGGCUCUUGCAGCAGUGUUUGCGGAGGCGGCAGAUGGAGAGGAGGGAUGA